AUGGGCUCUGGAGUUUGGUUCAAGAAUAUAAUGAGUAAAAAGAAGAGAGGUGACAGAUCGCAAAAAUUGAAGAUAUAUUCAACACCUGAAAUGUCAAAUGGGUACAAGGAGGAAAAUUGCUUGCAGAAUGAGUCUCCAAUAUUAACUAAUGAUGUUUCUGAGGAAAAUCAUGAUGGUUUGGGCAUGCGCAUUGAUAAUAUUGCAGCAACUCAAAUUCAGACUGCAUAUCGAGCAUACACGGCAAGGAAAAAUUUCCGUCAAUUAAAAGCAACAGUAAGGUUUCAGAGCCUGUUGCAAUGUGACGCCGUUAAAAAGCAAGCAUCAACAACUUUGGGCCAUCUCCACUCAUGGACCAAGAUUCAGGCCCAGAUUAGAGCUCGCCGAGUGCAUAUGGUAACAGAAGGUCGUCUCAGGCAGAAGAAGCUAGAGAGUCAAUCGAAGCUUGAAUCAAAGCUACAUGACCUAGAGGUGGAGUGGAGUGGUGGCUCCAAAACAAUGGAUGAAGCUCUUGCAAGGAUACAUCAGAGAGAAGAAGCAGCAUUGCGGCGUGAGCGAGCCAUGGCAUAUGCAUUUUCUCAUCAAUGGAGAGCCAACUCCAACCCGAACUUUGGAUCAAGUAACCAUGAAAUUGGCAAAUCAAAUUGGGGCUGGAGCUGGAUUGAUCGAUGGAUUGCAGCUCAACCUUGGGAAAGCCGAGUUGUCCCAUUGCAGUCAAGUCCAAAGAAAUCACUUGGUUGCCAGUCGAGCAAGAAUAACAGAAACAAGAAUUCACCAACGAUUCUAGCACCAGUUUCAGUCACAUCAAUUUCCCCUAAUGGGAAGACUGCCACAAAAGCUCGAAAGUUGUCCUAUGGAGCAGCUGAGAAGAUGAUAGAUGCUAAAAAAAUGAACAAAUCCAAAGUGGUGAAAAAUAAAAGAGAAAAGGAAAUAUCUUAA